GCUCUCCGUGGACAGCCUUGGAGGGCAUCAGCCGCGACCUGAGGGACCCCUGGAGGAGGAUGCUGGGGGGUACGGGACUAUCCCAGACUCGGGGGAUGCUGGGCGGAUACGAGGAGCCCCUGGGAUGCCCUGUUUGGAUCCUCCUGCUCUGCUGGGGUCUGGCCACUUGCUGCACAGGUGCCAUGGCCUUGCAGCCGCCCAGGAUCACCAUGCUGCGGAUGCCAGCAGAGCUCCCUCGCCCAGGCGAGAGCGUGACUGUGUCGUGCGAGGCAUCGAGUGAGCUUCCAGAGCUGACGCUGCUCUACUGGCUGGAGAACGGCUUCUUCGUGGAGAGCCUGCACCCAGACGGGACUGUGCGUGAGGGGACGGUGCAAGAGGAGCCGCAGGGCUCGGAGUUGGCCCUGCACCGCGAUCUGCACUUCAGCUCCUUCGACAGCCGGCACCUGCACACCAACUUCACCUGCGUGGUGCUCAGUCCCCUCGGUGUCGACACCAGGGAGCUGCAGUGGCCGUCCCCAGCCCUGGGCCCUGUCACUGAGAGGAGUGGGGGCCUGGGCUGAGACAGGGGAGCAGCUCCCAUGCGGGAUGCUGGGUGAGCGCCCUGCAGUGCAGCUCCCUGCUCUGACAGCCCCACACCACUGCAUGCACGUGUGACACCUCCGGGGAGGCCCGUGUCCGUGACCUGCUUUGGGGACUGCAUGGCCCCACGUGUGCCGGCCACACCGUGAGUGGGGCUCCUGGUGCCCCAGACUGAGUCGGGAGCACUGCCUGGGCUGGAACCAGCCCUGCCCAUAGCUGGCUCUGGGACCCCAGAGUUUAUUAAAGUACA